AUGGGCCAUUUCGCCUUCGGCUGGAAGGGCAAGGAACCCGCCCCGGCCGCCUCCCCGUCCGGCGUGGGUGCUACGCUGCCUCUCCAGUCCAUCCAGGGCACCGCCGCCGCGACGACCGGCGCUGACACGGCGUACUGCCUCGACGCGGCCAUGUACGCGUCCGCAGCCCCACCCACGGUCCCGCCGCCCGUUGCGGAGGCGGCGGCGAGGAGGCACCAGGAAGCGGAGAACGUCGCGCUCUAUCUCAUCCACAUCCUUCGCAAGUGCGCAGAAACCAUCGAGGCGGGCGACUAUGCGGCCGCGGCCGGCAAGCUCACCGAGGCGCACACGAUGCUCGCGACGUCUGUCUCGACGACCACCGGGAUCGGCCGCGUCGCCAGCCACUUCACCGCCGCGCUUGCCCAACGCCUCUUCCCGGCGACGCCGCACUCCUCCUUCGCGCUGGACACCUCGCCGGAGCGCGCUGGCGAGCUCUACCGCCAGUUCUACAAUGCGGGGCCCUACCUCAAGUUCGCGCACUUCACGGCCAACCAGGCCAUCCUCGAGGCGUUUGAGGGCUGCGACCGCGUGCAUGUCGUGGAUCUCGCCAUCAAGCAGGGCAUGCAGUGGCCUGCCCUCAUCCAGGCCCUCUCCAUCCGCCCUGGCGGCCCGCCGUCCGUCCGCAUCACCGGCGUCGGAUCUGCGCCCGCCGCCGACGAAGUUGGCCUCCGCCUCGCCGAGUUCGCACGCGCCAUGAACGUCCCCUUCUCGUUUCAAAGGGUCACUGACGACAGCCUGGACCAGCUCCGGCCGUGGAUGUUCCAGGUCCUCCCCGGAGAGGCGGUGGCCGUGAACUCCAUCUGCCAGCUCCACCGCGUCCUGGUGAACCCGGACGCCGCAUCCACCUCUCUCCCCUCUCCCAUCGACAUCGUGCUCGGCUGGAUCGCGUCCAUGCAGCCCAGGGUGUUCACGGUGGUGGAGCAGGAGGCGGACCACAACAAGCCGGGGCUGGUGACACGCUUCGAGAAUGCCAUGUUCUACUACGGCUCCGUGCUCGACUCCAUGGAGGCCAUGUCCGUGAGCCGUCGCGGCGCCAUCGGCAACGGAGCCGGCGCCGACGCGUACGUGCAGAGGGAGAUCUUCAACAUCGUAUGCUACGAGGGCAGCGCCCGCACCGAGCGCCACGAGCCACUGGCAUACUGGUGCUCUCGCCUCUGGCGCACGGGUUUCACCCAUGUGCCACUGGGUCCGAGCGCGGCCUAUCAGGCCGCUAAGUUUGUCCGCGUGUUCUCUGGCACCGGAUUCCGCGUCCAGGAGAUCGGCGGAUGCCUCUCGCUCGCGUGGCACGAGCACCCCCUGCUCACGGUGUCCGUGUGGAGCGCAAUGCCCGCCGACGGCGCCGGCACUGCCAAGGAGCACGCCGAUAAGCACAAGCUGAAGAUGAGCAUCGGCGAGAGCAGCGGCGGCCACCUGCCAGACGCCGGGGCGCAGUGAAAGAGCGCGACAUGCAUGCAUCGUGGUUUGAAUAAUUGUUAAGAGUCGUUGGAGGCAGAUCGUCGAUCGAGUUUAGUUUGUUAGUUAGUCGGAGCUUAAGCUGUACGUAGUCGUGAGUCAGUCGUCAUAUGGAUAUUGGUCUAGGUCAAUAAAGUGUCAAAGUUUGUGAGA